AUGGCGUGUUUCGCUAAUUCGACUCUCCCAGACGACAAUUCUUCAAACUGGAAUGACAGCAUCUGCGUGACAAACCUGUCCGAGACGCUCGCGUCUUCUGACAGGAGUUUCGGUCGUCUGAGGUUGAUCAACUUGACCUUCCAGGUGCUUGGUAUCCUCGGGAACAUAGGCUUCCUCGCCGUUGUUCAUUGUCACAAGCCCUUGCGCAACUCUACCAACGUGUACCUUGCAAACUUGGCUGUUUCCGACAUCUUAGUUCUAGUUUUUGGCAUUAUUGCAACAACCCUCAACAACAUGUCUAAUUACCGGCCGAGUGAUUGGAUCGCCUGCUCUUAUCAUCUGGCAGCAACCGUCCCGUAUUACUCGAGCAUGUAUCUGGUGUCGCUGGUGGCGUGGGACCAGUACCUUGCGGUAUGCCGACCGUUCAAGCACCGAAUUGCAUCCAGCCAUUCGCGGAACACGAAGCUGGUUGUUGCUGCGUGGACAGUCAGCAUCAUGUACACUCUUCUGGCAAACAUGGAGGGGAUCGUGUCGGACAACGGAUGCCGUAUACUCCAACCACCGAUGAAGCAAGUCCACUCUGCGAUCAGCGUCGUUACGAGUGGUUCAAACCACGACCAGUCCCUACUUGCGCAGCAUCUGGACCUGGCCAAACCCAUCCCCUUCGUCGCAACUCUCCUCUUCAACGUAGUGGCGUACGUACGCAUCAUCCGAUCCAUUCGAAGAUGUCUCCUUCGUCGCGCCAAGUCCAGUCGGCAGCAGGGUCCCCGAUGGCUGGAGAACCUCCGGAAGUGGCGGAUUCAGAUCACAAGGAUGCUAGUUAUCAAUACGGUCCUGUUCUUCGGCUGCAACCUAAUGAGGAUGGUGCUGUUGGUGGCUUCGUACAUACAAAAAGCCCUCGGCUCUGAAAGGCUCCUUAUUGAGGACGAAACGUUGUCAAUUUACUCUUUCCUGUUGCUGCUCUUCAGAUCAAGCAUCAACCCCUUGAUGUACGGCCUCACCAAUGCCACGUACAGGCAGGGAUUCCGCACUGUCCUCCUGGCUUGUUGCUGCCGGCAUCACCGGAAGCGAGCCGAAAAACCAGCAGUUUUCCAUCUAAAACAAGACAACAUCUGA